AUGAACAAAAAUGAUGCAUUCAAAAGAUCAUCCGGUAUCAGCCGUGUGUACGCCAUUUCGCUCACGCCGGAAAAGAAAAAGCAACUAAUGCAGAAAAUCUACACCGAGACUCAGCACAAAUGCACGACACUUUCGGACAACCAAGUGCGCGAUUGGUGCGACCAGCUCAAUCAGUGCUUUGGGAUAUGCUUUGAGUCGAUAUCCUUGGGAAUGGAAAUCGUCACAAAGCUGUUAUCUACCCGUGUGGCACCGAAUGAUGUGAUACUCACGUAUCGUAAGCUGUUAACGUACAUCUACAAUGUACUGGAUAAAAGUAAUUGCACUUUAAUAGCGCACUACAUGAGCAGGAUAUCGUUUCUCGCACUACAAACCGGUAGCGUUACGGCCGACACUUUCCCUGUGUCCAUAGUGAAAUGCAUUUUAGUGCUGAUGUACCAGAUGCCGAUCGAUGGUGUUUCUGAGCGAAAAAUCUUCCUACAUGCACUCCGGUCUACGUUGGAAUGGUGCAAACUCGACUCAAACACCUACAAACAGUGUGGCAUCGGGAUGCUUAUCCGCAGUGCUAUCGCGUCCACCAAGCGGCUACAGGAUGACGUUACCACAGCAACCGAACUGGCCGUUCUGGCGCAUCACGUGUUGGAUGUGUUCUACAAUUCCCAAACGAAUCCGAUCCAUCCGGUAGAGGUUUUGCUGCGGUUGGCUUUCGAGCGGAUCUUCACCCGGUUGGUCUCCGAAUGGGCUGACGUUCGGUGCUACGAACUCCUGCUGUAUGUUCUGUACAGCGCAUUGAAGUUCAACAUCGAAGCUCGGUUGAAAUUGGACAUUGUUCGUAUCCUAGCAGAAACGGCCGGUGGUGGUAUGAGACGGCUCGUUCGAUUGCUUUGCAUCCGCAAGUAUAUGCACGAUGCCGAACUGCUACACAAAACAAAAGUCAUCCUCACGAUCGUGCUGGCAUACAGUCUGUUUCGGUUUGAAUCACCGGAGCGUUACUCGCACUUUCCAGCGUUCCUGGUGACAAUCGAAAAGCUGAUAAGUGGGGUCGAUUUCAUCGAGCUGCUGGAUGCUCGAUUCCUGUGCUUUAACAUUCCCCUGCCGAAGCAGACUAUCGAGCACAUUUGCUUCGUGUUCGCUUUGCGGCACCUUGAUCUCGUCGAAGGCGUCACCAGUCACAGCCUAGAGGUGGAUUAUCUAUAUAACCUGAUCGCUUCGGUUAACAUUAUCUACCACAAACGCUGGAAGGUGCCAAGCUUUUUCGUCAAACACUUCAUCGAUGGGCUGUCGCGAUUUUCCCGUAGUGAGGAGUUUCAGAAGAGCGUCUCCGAGCCAGAGAAAAAGGUCCAGGCCAUCAUGUCGACCACUGCGGCGAGCGUUCCAGCUGGCAAAACGGCGAACAACAUCUUCGGGCGGUUACCGGUGACGAUCCAUCGGAUUCAGUGGCUCCAGCUACAGCCGGACGACUUCAAAAGCAAGCUGAUGUUCCAUCAGCUGUUGGCGAUUUUGCACGACGACGCGAGUCUGGCAACUGAUACUGUCGCUGCUGCAGCGUUGCUUGCCAUAUUCGACACAAAUAGCCUAAUUGCGGUGCUUUUUUCUAAACGGGCCACUGCAAUAGCUCAGUCAAAUGCGUCGUUGUUGCUGUCAAGGUGCAGUCUUUCCGGUCCGCCGUUGAAGAAGGUACUCCGCCAGAUAAUGGCCAUCUGUGGCAAGCAACAAAAUCAUCCGCUCGACGAAGAUUGGGUGUACUGGGUGCGGGCAGUCUACGGUUCAGUCCACACGCUCGAUGGUGCGUCCCUACGGAGGCUCUGGGAUGUACUAAGAACAAUUGAACAAGCAGCUUGUAGUAUCGAGCAACAACUGCUGGUGGUAGAUACGUUCGCCAACCUGCUCGUCCAUAUGAUACCCGAAGGGAAGGAAUCCGUUACGGAGCUUCAUUUUUAUUGUACCCCCUCUGACAAGGAUACGCCGCUGGAAGAAGAAGAAACGUUAGAAGUUUUCUCACCGGAACGUUCAGAGGAACAAUCGGAGGUUUAA